AUGGAACAGCAGUUAUCUGCAGUUACUUCAAUGGAGGAUGAUCUGCCAUCGAUGGGGCAAGGCAAUCGUCCUCAAGGAAAAGAAAACCCACCUGAAAGUAACUUUCUAAGCGCAGAGCGCCAACUCGACGGCAGCAUUGAAACGAUUGAAAAAACUGAAGAGGAGCAACAAAUACCAACAAAUGAUGCAGAUAUUAAUGCGACUAUCGCUUUUAGUGAUGAUACGCGAGACUUGAAAAGAAAUGAUUCAAAAAUGAGCGAUACAAAUGAUGAAAAGCAUUUGCUCGCUACUGCAACGACGACGGUAGUGAAUGACUUGCAAAUACGAGAUGAAAUUGAUUGGAGUGAUGCGGAAAUUUUCGAUCGACCGAUUACGAUUGGAAGCGAUACGAAGUUUGGAGAUGAAGUUCUCUCAGUGAAAGCGAAAAAUUCCCAUGGAAAUGUCUUGGAAUUUGUUUGUUAUCGACCGGAUUUGGUGUAUUGCUUAACUGACUUCAUCACUCCGGGUAAUUAUCAACUCAGAGUUGUUUACUCAUCUGAACAAAACCCCAAAGAUUUUCAUUUACCAUUCGCCGUUAUUAUUCAACAGCAUCGCAACGACUCAACCAUUAUGGAGAAUAUCUAUGAGAAUAAGAAUUUCACGAUUGAGUUCGUUGUAUCGAAUGAAACGAAUUCAUUGGAAAACGACGACAAUCAACAGCAGCACGAGCAUGAAAUUAGCACACUCGAGAUUCCCACUGAGCAAGACGCUUCAUCAGAGAGUACGCUCAAGCACUUCUCAUCUAUAACCACUGUGACCUCAGAAUCAUCUGAUGAAGGCAUGAAAACAUCAACAGCAACUGCAAGCUCACUUGCUAUCGCGGAACCAUCUGAGCAGAUUGCUGAUUUAUUUGCAAUAGAUGAUAAAAUAAGGUCAGAAUCAGUGCCGUCAAGCACUACGGAAUCAUCUCCAAAUGCUUCUGAAGCUAUUGUGAAUAGCUCAGACGCUGGGAAUGUUGAAGUCGAAAUUUUGAGUUUGGAACCGAAGUUCGGGUCCAUUCAUUUGGAAUCAUCGACGUCCGAGAAAGAUAAUUCGGCAGCAUUGUAUCGAAAUAAGAAUGCGUCAGAUGUUCGGAAGGCAUCGACCAUUGAUGUGGUCGUAACAACUUUCCCCAGUGAUGUGGUAACAGAUGAAUCAAGCAAUUGGACAACAGUUUCAACAGCACGAACAACACCGCGUGUAACAGUUGCGAAUAUUAUGGUNAAUCUCAAUUCGUCGCUGGAAAACACACCGAAUUUCGAGUUUUUGCCACACUUUGAGCAUUCAACUUAUGAAAUCGUCAUUCCCGAAGGCAAAACUCAAGAGGAACAAUUUUUAGCGGUUGUGUUUUUCAUUGGACGAUUGGGCACUAGUGCACCUUCAUUUGAGAUUAUGUUCGAUAGAUUAAAGUGGUUUAAAAUCGGUGAUAUUAUGACGAAACAGGAGUCGAAUCAUCUCAUAAGUGCUGUGAAAAUAAUGCUACGAGCUGAUGUUGAUGUGGACAAGUCUAAGACCAGCAAUGGAUUUUAUAAAUUCUCAAUAAAGGGAAAGCAGGCUGAAUUCAUUUCGAUGGCGAAUGUGAAGAUCGAAAUAAUGACUGUUAAAGUGAAACUGACCACGUUAUCUCCCCCAAGAAGUUCUCCUUCUAUGGUAAAGAAUGACUCAAGCAGUGAAAAAGAUUUAGCAGCGUCAACCCAGCCGACCUGGUCAAGUUCUGAAGCAGAUUUCAAUACUGACACUACGAAAUCUAAUGAUAUGAACGAUUCGGUUGUGGAUAUCACAACACGUAUGACAACGCAAACUGAUUACAGCAUAGUGACAACUACUGAGGGAAUGCUAACAAGUGAUAAAGAAAUGUCCACAACUGAUAAGAUGGAAUCUGGCGAGCAUUCUCAGAGUUCAUCGUCAGUACCUGCACUCGCAACGACAACAGGAUUUCCCUCAGCUGCAACUGCACCUGUACGGGUAUCAUCAGUAUUUGGAGCAAAUGAAUCGCCAGAAAUUGGAUCAUCUGAAACAGAACGGAAUGAUAUUGAGAAUGAAGUUGAAAAUUUUGAUAGUGAGGUGGGCCGAGUAAGUAGUUUGGUGGAAGAAGAUGAAUCAAAUAAUGUGAUGAAUGCGACAGCUGAAGUGAUAACUGAGAUAGCCUCAGGCUCUAAAGGACCAUAUUCAGUGGACGAAACUGAAGGAAUGCUUCCAACUACAGAGAAGCAUUUGAAUUUUGAAAGCUCAUCAUCGGAUGAAUCAAAUAAUAAAUCUGUUGGUGCGAAGUCAGAUGAAAAUGUGAACUCUGAAUGGAUUCUAAAUGGGAACGAGGAUAGUUCAGAGAGAAUGGCUGAAGAAUCGCUGGUUAACAUGAAUGCAGAAGAAUCGAUGAUGACGAUGACAACGACAGAAACACUGCUGACCGUCGAGGAAUCUGAAGUAGGGCAGAACGCUUCUAGUAGUAGGAGUCCAACUGCAGCUGCUCAAGGGAAUGAUCACCAAUUUGAGGUUGAUGAUCAUCUCACAUCGGUUCCGACGACUACGACGAAUCCUGAGAUGUCAUCUUCUGAUAUGGGAGGCGACUUACUGACAAAUGCUAACGCAGAUGAUACAAUAGCAUUAAGUAUGGGUUCAAUAAACACGGAUGAGAAUAUAGAAGGGGGAGCUGCUGAAGAUUUUGCAAGCAAAACAACUCGGAAUCCUCGGAUUGAAGAGACAAGCGAGUCUGGAUUUGUAACGACAACAACAGAAAGCUUGGAUUCAAGAUUGAAAACCACGGAAUCUGGGUUAUUGCUUGAGAAUCUCUCAAGAGGGCAAUCCAGAACAUAUAAUACAGAGCUGAAAAUUGAAUUCAGAAUGCCCAACAAACGAGAACUUCAUAUAUCAGAGGGUCUUCGUAAUGGUGAAAUUGUACCGAAUUUUGAGAUACUCGUUACAGCAAAACAAAUGGAUCCAUACGAUACAAUAAUGUUAUCUGUGAAUUCGACCGCGUUUGAGAUGAGGCCUAACGAAAUGCAGCCUGGAAAGACGGUAUUUUUAAUGGUCAACGACAACACUUUUCUCGAUUAUGAAACCGCUCCAAAUGAGUUUACUAUUGAGAUAUCAGCAAAUAUGCGCACAAGACCGUUGAUCUCGGUAUCAAAGCGUGUUAUUGUGGUAAAAGAGGAUGUCAGUGAUAUUCCACCGAAAUUCCUGUCGACCUCAUACGAUUUCCAUGUUCAAGAGUCGAGCAUAACUGGACAGAAAGUGGGACAACUCGAGGUGGAGGACUUGGAUGAGACAGAUCGUGCAAAACAUAGUUACAAAUUGAUUGGACCCGGCAGUGAAUUGUGA